AAGUGUAAAAAGGAGAGUUUUACUUUAUUUUGUGUGUUUGGCCAUUUUCCCUUGCCGGCGUCUUCCCGACAUCAGCUGAGAGGACAGACCAAAAAGGAAAUUUGUGAGCCGAAUUUGUCGACGUGGAUCAGAGGAGGAGUUUUGACGAGGGUAGUAAGAGACGGAGAGAGAGGGAUAAGCGACGGGGGCCAUAUUGGAGAGAGAGGAUGUCCGGACAUGGGAAUAGUCGACGAGGAGAUGAACGGCGAAGUGAUCGUUAUCGACCAAGAUCGAUGUCACUCCAUCGCCCAGAGAGGACCUUCGAACCACCAAGAGACCUGUCGGUCCCACCUUCACUUUUGGACUUUCCAAAUCCAGAUCCUAUGACGACCGGGGAAUUGGGGGCUGUCAGACGGCCGCUGUUAGCGACUGGGGGAUUGAGCGAUGAUCGUUCGGGGGAUAGGGUCAUCGAACCAAAGUCCUUACCGGUGGCCGAACCAAUUGACGAUCACCCGCAUAAACGCGCGGGCGAAAGUUGGGCGCAGUUCGAGUCAAGAUUGUCGAUGAUCGAACUGGAGCGGUUCAUACAGGACAAGCCUCGAAAGUCGACGAUGGAGCUGGAGAAGUUGAGGGACAGACAACGGGAAGAGAAGGAAAAGAGGAGAAAGGUUUUUAGGAAGGAAGACUUGGUCUACCCAGGGGAGGAGGAAGAGAAGGAAAUCCCACCCAGGCCAAUCACUCCGCCUGGACCUCCUAAUCGAUCCAAAAUAUCAGCCGAUGUCUCCAAACGGAAUGAGAGACAAUCUGGGACCGGAAAUUUGCGACAAGGGGGCGAUGUGGGUGGGGGAAAUCGAUCCAGACCGUUACCUACAAAGACGACCGGGGUUAUGUUUAAUGGAUUAAAACCAAUAUUGACCGACCCAACAGUCGACCCCCCUCCCCAUGUUUGCCAGAACUGCUGGUUGAGAGGACAUCGACGCCAGGAGUGUCCCAAGAAAGUGACAGAAUCUUGCUGUUAUAACUGUGGCAGGAAAUAUGUCACCCUAAUCAACUGCCCCAGAUGUAAAGAGGCUCACGAACGGUUCCUGGAGAAAAAGGAGUCAUCAACAAUUAGUGACAGGGGAAAGUUGGAGAAAGCGCGAGGACGGUCCCAAUCAGGAGUUGAUCCUUCAUCAUCGGGCCCAAAAAUACCGGAGAAGUCCCGACAUGUAGCAGCAGUCCCAAUUCUUUACGACGUGACACCUCGUAAACCAACGGUGGUCUCUGCAGAAGAGAAAACGGAACCACCGAAGAAGAACACACCGUCGUCUUCGGAAUUAGUGUCGACAGAGGAGGUUCCUGCUAUGGACUUGGUCAGCGCCAUUGAACAACUGACUCGAAUGAUGACCGGGUUACCAGUUGAAACAAUCAAUUUGGCGGUUCGACAGUUGAUUGAAGAGAGGCGAAGGACCAUGGACAAAAUGUAGUCCUCCAGAUUGUCGACAAGGGACGAUUAAUUUUCGACUUGGGCUUGAUGUUGUGGUUAGGCGUUACUGCUGGGAGUAGUAACGGCCUAGGGGAGGGGUGUUUGUGACGAAGUAAUUCGUCACAAGGCAAAUUUUGACUGGGGUUGGGUUUCGCGCGUUUGGGGAUUUGUAGCAGAGACAACGCAGGAGUCCAGGAGGUGGCGCCAUCGCGGCGGCUACUCAUGGAACGAGUCGGAGACGAAGGCGAUCGAAGUGAAAAUCAAUGUAAGAUAUACACAGAGA